AUGGCCACAGAAACGCUGGGAUAUAAGGAGGAGAUGUUGGAGUAUUCGCUGCCUGUCUCCAGUGAGAGUGACAACGGCUCGACAUCACAAAGCGACAGCGAUAGUGCUUCCACUGUAUCUGAUUUACUGCCCGAUAUUCCUCUGCCGCCGCCAUCCAAAGCACCAACAGAGAUUCUGAGUGUUGACCUAGACACGCCAGACAACCAUGUGCCUCGUGAUCCUCGAUUGAUCAGAUUGACUGGUGUCCAUCCCUUCAAUGUGGAGCCUCCACUAACAACGCUGUUCAAAGAGGGAUUUUUGACGUCUCCCGAGUUAUUCUACGUUAGAAAUCAUGGGCCCGUCCCACGAGUCCGUGAUGAAGACAUUCCAACCUGGGAACUAAGUAUCGAGGGACUUGUUGAGAACCCCAUCACUCUUGACUUUAGACAGAUCCUACAAGAGUUCGACCAAAUAACUGCACCCAUCACCCUUGUAUGCGCCGGUAACCGACGCAAAGAGCAGAACCAAGUCCGCAAGUCAAAGGGUUUUUCAUGGGGAGCAGCCGGUCUCUCAACUGCCCUCUUCACCGGUCCAAUGAUGCGGGACAUCAUCAAACGAGCAAAGCCAAUGAGAAGGGCUAAAUAUGUUUGUAUGGAGGGAGCAGAUAAACUGCCAAAUGGAUUUUACGGAACAUCCGUCAAGCUCAACUGGGUCAUGGAUCCUAAUCGAGGCAUUAUGCUCGCCCAUAAAAUGAACGGCGAAGAUCUCCGUCCUGAUCACGGCCGUCCCCUGAGAGCUGUGGUACCAGGGCAGAUCGGUGGACGAAGUGUCAAAUGGUUGACAAAACUGAUCUUGACCGACGCGCCUAGCGAUAAUUGGUACCACAUCUAUGAUAAUCGAGUACUUCCGACUAUGGUCUCUCCCGAACAAUCCGCCAAAGAGCCGAAGUGGUGGUACGAUGACCGAUACGCUAUCUAUGAUCUCAAUGUCAACUCGGCUGUUGUACAUCCCCAACAUGAUGAAGUGUUGCGGCCUGCAAAAGCUGGCCCAACCGCAACGUAUACUGCACAAGGAUACGCAUACGCUGGAGGUGGUCGACGAAUAAAUCGGGUUGAAAUAUCUCUUGAUAAAGGAAAAUCCUGGCGACUGGCAAACAUAGAAUACCCCGAAGACAAAUACCGUGAAUACGAAUCAAACCUUUUCGGCGGAAAAGUCGACAUGUUCUGGCGCGAGACUUGCUUCUGCUGGUGUUUCUGGAAUCUAGAAAUUCUCAUCUCGGAUCUAACUGAAAGCGACGCCAUUCUUGUUCGUGCCAUGGACGAAGCUCUUAGCAUUCAACCGCGGGAUAUGUACUGGUCUGUUCUCGGUAUGAUGAAUAACCCCUGGUUCAGAGUUGCGGUUAUCAAGGAUAGCGAUACUAUCAGAUUCGAGCAUCCCACGCAGCCGGCUCUUAUGCCUGGUGGAUGGAUGGAGAGAGUCAAGAAGGCUGGUGGAGAUCUCACGAAUGGUCACUGGGGUGAGGUGAUGAGUAAUGAGGAGGUAGAGGCAAACAAUGGAAAAGCGGUCGAGGAGAUUAAUAUGAAGAAAGAAGGUCUUGAUCGAAAGGUUGAUUUUGCGGAAUUCAAGGCACAUGUCUCUCCGGAAGAGCCUUGGUUCGUUGUGAAUGGCGAGGUCUACGAUGGUACAAAGUUUUUGGAAGGUCAUCCUGGUGGUGCUCAGAGUAUCGUGUCCGCGGCAGGCAUGGAUGUGUCUGAGGAGUUCCUUGCAAUUCGUAAGUUCCACUUUCUCUAUUUGGAUGGAAUCAAUACCAACAAGACUACAGACAGCGAGACAGCCAAAGCGAUGAUGCCAGACUACCACAUCGGCACUCUAGAAAAAGCUUCUCUCAAGGUCUUACACGACGAGGCUCAAAACCAGUCUUCUUUAGGCACGCCAGAUGAGAAAUACCUCCAACCCAAAGUAUGGAAGAAAGCAGAACUCUCCACCAAACGCUCUAUAUCAUGGGAUACCCGUAUCUUCACCUUCAAACUCGACUACGACCUACAACCCCUCGGCCUCCCUACCGGCCAACAUCUCAUGGUCAAACUCAAAGACUCUACAACAUCCGAAUCCAUCAUCCGCGCCUACACACCAAUUUCUGAGACAAAUCAACAAGGAACUCUAGAUCUCCUCAUCAAAGUCUACACCCCCACCCCAACCGAAAAGGGCGGGAAAAUGACCAUGGCCCUCGACAAACUCGCCAUCGGUGACAACGUCGAAAUCAAAGGCCCUCUCGGUAGACUGACCUACCUCGGCCACGGCAAAGUAUUACUGAACGACAAACAACGAGACGUCAAAUCGUUCCGCAUGAUUUGCGGCGGAAGCGGUAUCACGCCGAUCUACCAAGUGCUUCGCGCCGUGGUAACAAACGCACAGGACCCGACGCAUUGUGUCGUGCUAGACGGCAACAGGAUGGAGGAAGACAUCCUCUGCCGCGAGGAGCUCGAUUCCUACGCUGCGUUGAACGAUGAACGAUGCACGAUUGUACACACGCUCACGAAGCCAUCCGGUGACUGGAAGGGUCUCAAGGGCAGAAUAGGAGAAGAGCUGUUGAAACAAUAUGCGCCGCCUUCUGCGGAUGGGGAUAGUUUGGCACUGAUCUGUGGACCGGAGGGGAUGGAGACGGCUACCAAGGCCGGGUUGUUGAAGAUGGGUUGGGAUGAGAAUGAUCUUGUUUUCUUUUGA